AUGUUGCUGCAACCCACUUCCAGUCGACACUUCGAAGACUUUCGCCAUGUCGAGCCUUCGAUCUUGACCAAGAGUGUUCUGCCCGUAGGGUCCGCUUCUGCUGCUGCCGCAUCGUCGAGCAAGGCGCCAUACUUCGAGCGCCGAUCUCUCAACACGGUCAUUAUGCGAGCAGGCACCUCGAAGGGUCUCUUUAUCAAAGCGACCGAUUUGCCUGCAUCUCGAUCAGCCUGGCAGCACAUCCUGCCUUCGAUCAUGGGCAGCCCCGAUCCAUUCGGUCGUCAACUCAACGGACUCGGCGGUGGUACCUCAACCACAUCCAAGAUCUGCGUCGUUUCUCAGAGCACUGCUCCCCAAGUUGCCGACGUAGACUACCUCUUCAUCCAAUGCCCCAUCGAAGGCGAAAAGCUCGACUUUACCGGCAACUGCGGAAACAUGCUCAGCGGGGUAGGCCCGUUCGCAUUUGAAGAAGGUCUCAUCCCACCUUCUGUCCUCGCACCACUGGCUGCAUUCGCCAAAACCGAGGGCAGCGCUCGCGAGGAAAAGAUCGCACUGACGCUUCGCUGUCUCAACAACAACCAGCUCAUUCGAUCCACUUUCCUCAUCCGCAACGGCAAACCUGUAGAAUUUGGCGAUGUCGUGAUCGACGGCGUUGCUGGAACGGGUUCUCCUAUCCAGCUCGAUUUCUUGGAUCCAGCGGGCAGCAUGUGUUCCUCGCUCUGCCCUACCGGCAAACCAGUCGAUCUCCUCCGUGUUCCAGGCGAAGAUCUGCCCAUCGAGGUGUCGUGCGUCGAUGCAGCCAAUCCCUUUGUCUUUGUCCGACUCUCGGACAUCGACGACACCCUUCGUGGAGACGAGUCAGCCUCCAUCCUCGAACGCCACUCACCCCGCGUCGAACUCAUCCGUCAAUCCGCUGCCGUCAUCAUGGGUCUCGCACCCGAUCUUGCCACAGCAGCUAAAACCAAAGGAACUCCCAAAAUCUGCCUCGUCGCCGAUCCCCUGCCCGGAUCAGACGCACAUGUUCUCUCCCGAAGCUUCAGCAUGGGCCGUCCCCAUCCCGCACUCCAACUUUCAGGGGGUGUGUGUCUGGCUGCAGCGUGCAGCAUUCCCGGAGCGAUCCCGAACCAGAUUUUGCUGAACAGGCAAAAGAUGAUGCCGGAGAGGUUGAAGUUCGCACAUGCAUGUGGAGCUAUCGAGGCAACAGCGGAUGUCGAGAUGGACAGCAGGAGUGAGGUUGGCGUGGUCGUGAGGAGUACGAGUCUGUUCAGGACGGCCAGGAGGGUGGCGAGUGCUGAAGCAUAUUACCUUUCGCCCACUCAGUAG